AUGUCGGAUCCGCCUAAGCGUUGCUACUACGAGGUGCUUGAAAUCGACCGAAAAGCGUCACUCGACGAUAUUCGUCGUGCCUACAAGAAGCAGGCUCUCCUCCAUCAUCCAGACAAGAAUUAUGGAAAUGUGGACAAUACAGUUGCCUUAUUUAAGGAAAUUCAGAAUGCAUAUGCCAUCCUGAGUGAUUCGGAGGAGCGUGCGUGGUACGACGCUCAUCGGGAAAGUAUUUUAAAUGGAGGAGAGACCGAUGUUUCCACAAAUGAUAUCAAUCUUUACGGUUACUUCUCUUCUAGAUGCUAUGAUGGCUUUGGUGAUGGCGAAGGAGAGUUUUUUAGUGUUUAUCGAGGGGUAUUUGAUCAAUUAAUAGAGGAUGAGAGUGAAUACGAGACUCGUGCGAAAGAUUGGCCUCGAUUUGGUGAUAGUUUGACGGAUUGGAAUAGUGUGGCUGAGUUUUAUUCUUAUUGGAAAAAUUUUAGUUCCUUCAAGAACUUUGCAUGGAAGGAUGAAUACAAGAUAAACGAAGUUCCUGAUCGUGCAUCCAGGCGAAUGGCUGAACGGAUUAAUCAAAAGGCAAGGGCAGCUGCUAAAAAAGAAUACGUACAAACUGUACAAAGUCUUGCUCGUUUUGUUUACCGUCGUGACCCUAGGGUAGAGGCUGAGAUGACUCGCCAACAAGAAGAAGAGCGCCGAAUAGCAGAGGAGAAGGAGCAGAAGCGUUUGGAACAAGCAAUAAGACGUCGUGAAGCAAAUGAAAGAAUUUGGUUGGCUGCAGCUGAGAAGGAAGCAGAGGAAGAACGGGCUCGAAUCGACAGAGGGGAAACCAUGGACGGCCGGACAUUGGAGUUGCUCUACGAAAAGCAACGCCAAGUGGAAAAGAUGCGAAAAUCCAAGGGCAGUAAUGCUGAUGGAUUUGCAAUGCUAGAGGGCGAUAAUGAAGACGAUAACGGCGGGCCAAAGCUUAACUGUCCUGCUUGCAAAAAACAGUUUAAGAAGGCUGGACAAUACAAUGAGCACAUAAACAGCAGUAAACACAAGGCAAAGGUGAGGCAACUCUCUGGCAAGGGUGUUUGUGUUGAGACACUUAUGAAAGACAGUAAGUAG